CGCAUUUCUUAAACCCUACCAGUAUUGCCAUCGUCAUUCUUAAACCCAAGGCGCCCAAAGAAAACCCCGAACACCGCCAUGGAGCCAAACAUUGGCACCCAGACAAUAGAAGAAUCGGAGACUGGAUUCAAAGACGACUCUGAUAUCUGCCAACAACUCUUGUCUCGCUACUCCACUUCUAAAGCCCAGCACCACCGCCACCUCCUGGCCACAGCCGCGGCCAUUCGUUCUAUACUCUCCGCUGAGUCACUCCCUCUUAGUCCGCCCGCUUACUUCGCUGCCGCAAUCGAUAAUCUCUCCGAUUCUGAAACCCUUGAUUCCACAGCGGUUGCGGCGCUCUUGUCGUUUGUUUCAAUUAUAGUGCCAUUGAUUCCACCAAAAGGGAUUAACGGUGAUAAGGCGAGCGAGGCGGUGACGGUUUUGGUGGCAGUGGUGGAGAGAGACGGGUUAGGGGCGGCAAGCGUGAGUUGUGUGAUCAAGUGUUUGGGGGUUUUGAUUUUGGGAUUUUGUGAUUUGGAGGAUUGGGGCUCUGUUAACUUAGGCUUCGAGACCGUACUUAAGUCGUCCAUUGAUAAGCGGCCAAAGGUUCGGAGAACUGCCCAAGAUUGUCUUGAGAAGGUUUUGAAGUCCCUUAAAUCUCCUUCUGUUAUCAAAGAGUCUAGCAAAUUGGUUCUUUCAUCAUUCAAAAGAUACAUGCCCAUGGCACUUACUUUAAGCGAGCUGAAGAUUGAAGAUGGGUCUAAAGAUGAAACGUUGUCAAAAUCUGGAAAUCUAGAGAUUCUUCAUAUGCUAAACUUGCUGAAGCUUACUAUUCCAUACCUCUCUGUUAAACUAUGCUCGAAAAUACUCUUGGAACUACGUAAGCUUUUGAAUUCCCGGUUCACAGCACUUACAAGACAUAUUUUUAAAUGUAUUGAAGCAUUUUUCGAGACUUCAAAAGAGGAAGUUAUUGGCAUGCAUAUGGAGGAUUUUAUAAAUUCUCUCUCUUUUUAUGUAUCUUUUGGUGAGAAGAAUCCAAUGGACACUGUCAUUUAUGCAGCAACUUUGUUAAAAAUUGCUUUUGGUAAAGAUUGCUAUGGAUCAACUAGUGGGAUGAAGAAUGUUCCUAAAGUUUGUGGUUCUAUAGCAGGUCUUUUAAAUUGUGAGACUACCACUGCAAGACAGGCUUCAGAUAUUUUGAAGGAGAUCAUCAAACAUUGCAUAGAUCCAAAAAAGCUGUCAACUGAGGGAAGCCAAUCAUUUGAAGAUGUAAGUCAAGAAAGUGAGGAAGCAGAUAUGAUAAAAUUGACUUGUGAUACCUUUGAGAGUACUUUGAGCUCAUAUAAUGGAAUUCCAAAUGAGCACCUUUUGGAAGUCAUAUCCACUUUAUUCCUGAAACUCAGAAGCGCCUCAUUUAUCUUCAUGAAGAAUUUUGUUCUCAAGCUUGCUGACUUGAUGAAUUGUGUUAGUCAGGAUAAGCCCGAUACAUAUCAUCUUCGAGAUUGCAUUGGAUCCGCUGUGGUUGCCAUGGGGCCAGAGAGGAUACUCACACUCAUACCAAUCUCUGUUCAUGCUGAUAAUUUUACUUGUUCCAAUGUCUGGUUGGUACCCAUAUUGAAGAGACAUAUUGCUGGGUCUUCACUAAGGUAUUACAUGGAGCAUAUUGUGCCUCUUGCGAAAUCCUUCAUGCGAGCCAGUCAUAAAGUUAAAAAAUCAGUAAUAGGUCAAGAUCUGCUGGCUUGUGCUCAUGGCCUCUGGGAGCUGCUUCCUUCCUUUUGUAACUAUCCUGUUGAUACUCAAAAAAAGUUUGGGUCUUUGGCUGAACUUCUAAUCACCUUACUGAAGGAAGAUUCUUCCAUGCAUCAAAAUGUGGCUGUUGCCUUGCAACUUCUUGUGAGUCAAAAUAGAAGUGCUCUUAUCUCUGAAGAUAAUGCUGGCAAGUCGGGUAGCAAUGCAGCGACAGAUACUCUUUUGGAGUUCAGAAGUGUAACCUCUUAUUCAAAGAAAACUGCAACCAGAAACAUUGGGGCUUUGGCAUCAUGGUCUACUGAGUUGCUUCAAGCUCUGGUGGACUUGUUUGUUGAUUCUCCAGCAGAGAAGCGCUUAUAUAUAAAGGAUGCAGUGGGAUGCUUGGCUUCUAUUACAGAUUCUUCAAUCACCAAGAGAAUUUUAAUGUCACUGCUUGAGAGGUUGCAGCUUGUGAAUGGCAGGGGUGAAUUUGAACAUCUGAUGAGCCAUGGAGAUGAGUUGAUUGGUACAGAAGAAGGCAAUAUCAGUGCAAAGGAGAAAGAUGUAAACAGGUGUGUGAUAAUGGAAUUAGCAUCUUCUCUCAUUGAAGGAGCCAAAGAAGAUCUCAUCAAUCUGAUAUAUAACUAUGUUGUUCACAUAGUGAAGGAAACUGAUGUGCUUUGUCAUUGCGAAGCAUACAAUGCACUAAGCAGAAUUUUGAAGGAACAUGCCUGGCUUUGUUCUUCUAGAUAUGGGGAGGUGAUAGACUUGCUACUUAGCCAGAAGCCUCCUACUGAUGUUGCAUCUCUAAGGAAUCGAUUUGCUUGCUUCCACAUUCUUAUGGUUCACAUGUUAGAGAUAAGCUUGGAGGAGGAAAAUGCAAAGGCCUUUCUUAUGCUCAAUGAGAUCAUACUCACUUUAAAGGAUGCAAAGGAUGAAGCUAGGAAGGUGGCAUAUGACACACUUCUUGUGAUAAGUUCUGCUUUCAGAAACUCAUCAUCUGCUGGUUCUGAAGAAUCUUAUCACAAACUUAUCAGUAUGAUAAUGGGUUAUCUUUCGGGCCCAUCUCCUCACAUAAAGAGUGGAGCAGUUUCUGCACUGUCUGCACUCGUGUACGAAGAUGCAGACGUAUGUUUAAAGAUGCCUGAUCUUGUUCCCUCUCUCUUGUCUUUGCUGCAAAACAAAGCUGUAGAAGUCAUAAAAGCUGCUUUGGGUUUUGUGAAAGUGAUAGUAUCAUCCCUGCAAGCUAAUGACCUGCAGAAUCUUUUAUCUGAUAUCACCAGCGGAAUUCUCCUGUGGUCAACUGUUUCCAGAUUUCAUUUUAGAUCCAAGGUGACGGUAAUACUGGAAAUCAUGAUACGGAAAUGUGGUUCUGCUGCAGUUGAGUUUGUUACACCUGAAAAGUACAAAAAUUUUGUCAAGACUGUUUUGCAGAAUCGUCAUCACAAGUCAACUUCCAAGGAAGCCGUCUCAAAUGAUGUGGAAACAGUGGUUGCAGGUUCUUCUGGCAAGAGGGUGGAUAAGAAGCACAAAGAAUUGAGUUCAGCCUUCGAGGAAAAUGGUUCUGCACCUCAUAGGAAGAGAAAGAGGAAAAAUAAGGAAAAUGAGACUCCUACCUCAAGGAAGCUUCAUAAAUCAAGUGGCAAUGAUCGUGGACCUAAAGGAGCUAAGAGAGCUAGACCCUCUAAAUAUGAAGAAUCAACUACAGGUCAACCAGCAGAUAUUAGAAAAAAGAGGAAUUUUAUUGAUGAACAAACUAACAGUGGGAAAAAGAGGAAGGAGCGGAGUAAUCUGAACAAGGAAGGCAACACGGCCAAAUUUCGUAGACACGAUAAAUUUGGGGGGAAAAAACGAAAGUCGUGACUAGUGUGGCACUUGAUAGUUCAUUGACCUGGAUCUGCCUCCAAAUUGCACAAACACAGAAGAGAGUUGGAAAGGAACAGAAAAUGAGGACUGAUUUGCACAAGCUCAAAGUCAUUUGACAUGGAUGAUGUGAGCUCAACAAAGAUAUAGAUUCUGAUCAGAGAUUGUCAUUCAACGCAGACUGAGCACUUGAAGUUUGUCAUUUAAGACUAAGCUCUGCUUUUGUCCAAGAGGUGUCUAGUUGUAGAACAUUGACACUGAAGGUCGGUGGCAUUGCAAGUUUCCAUGGGAACGAGACGAGCAGGACUACGCGAUCGAUUCUUGAAUUUUGUCGAAGAAGCUAGUGGCUAUAUGCGUUUUGGUGUUUCUUGUACAAUUGAAACUAUGUAGUCUAAUGUUUGAAACUUAUUGAAAUCUUGAUUAUUUUGAAUUUUAUCAAGUGUUCUGAAAUUCACGAGUCUGCCAUUGUUUCUUCAAUGAAUAUAUGAAUUGAAUUGGAUAUAA